AUGCUACAGUGGCGCGAAGUCGCUUUCCCCUUCCGCCGCGGCACCAAGAGAGGCAUCUCGCGCGUCGUCUUCGCGCCGCCCGCGCGUGCACAGGGCACGCGUAAGUCGCCAGGUUCCCGCGCGGCGCCUCUCGGCGCGAGGGCUGAGGGGCGCGAAGGCGAGCGACUGAGAUCUGACGGCCUCGCCGCCGCGCCGACGCACGAGUUCCUCUGCAUCCUAGUUGAGGGCGACGCGCCGGAAGGUGGGGAACCGAGCCACGCAGAGGAGGGACUCAGGGAAAGCGACGUGCAGGACUGGCGGAAAAACGCAGAGAAGCCGCCUGAGAGGAGAGAUGCAGAGAGUGCGGCGGGGGCGGACCUUGGCCAGGGAGAGCGCGCCGGCGCGCUGCCGGCAGUUGAGGUCUUCGAUAUCAAGCAUGGCGUCUCGCUGAAAUGGCGAGCCACCUCUCCAACGGUGCCCACCGCACCGACCUGCGCGGCCUUCUCGCCCGACGCGUCGAUUCUCGCCGUCGGGUGCCGCUGUGGCUCGAUCCUCCUCUUUCUCUCCCUGUCUGGAGAGUGCGUCGCGCGGCGAAUCUCUUCGGCGGCUGUUGCACCACCCGUGUGCGACGUGAGCCAGCGGCUGCGGCGCGCGCUGACGCUCCCCGAGAGGGAGGCCCUCGCGCUCGGCGCCCUGACGACUGCGGUCGGAGGGGAAUCGGGGACGCGGUCGCGGCGCCCUGAGGGGCGAAGGAGACAGCUGCAGCGAGGCGGACGCAGAGCGACCCCGCUGGGAGGGAGGGCGAGCUGCAGAUGCGGGGAGGUUAGCCAGUGCUCAGAAGACGCACGUGCGAGCGACGCGGAAGGCGAAGUUCUAUUCGAUGAAGAAGAGUCGGCCUGCGGCGAGCACCGCGCCGCCAUCGUGUCGCUUCACUGGGUCGACACCGCCUCGUGGAUGCGCGAAGGACGCGACGAACUGCGGGAGUUCCUCGAGGCUGUCGCAGCCUCCGACAAGCCGCAGCCGCUGGGCGUCGGCUCGCCGCCUGGCGAGGAGGCAUCGCGCGUUUCGCCCUCUGCGUUGUUCCUUUCCGCGGUGUCUCCUUCCUCCCCUGUGGCUCCUCCCCCUGCGGUGCUGCAGCCGCCCGCGCUCCGGUUGCCCUCUGCGUCCCUCGCGCUCUUUUCGCUCGAUGCUUCAGGCGUCGGGAGCCUCUCUCUGGAGGGUCGCUUGCCGCUUUUUCGCCUUCGGCUGCUCACGGACUUGCACGGCCUCGCAAACACGUCGCCUGCGCUCGCUGCCGCCCUCGCCCCCUCGCCCGCUGACGCACCUGCCUUGUCGCCCUUACGUUCUUUAGCGCCGCGCUGCGCGAGGGCUGACCGCAGUGGCGCCCGAGCACCGCCUGCCGCUGCGUCCUGCCGCGCGACCUGUGAGGAGGAUGCGGCCGCAGGCUGCGGCGGGCUGCGCCGCGCGUCUGCGCCUCAGCGCCCGGCCGCGGCGCCUGCCUGCGCUUUGCCUAGGCUCGCGCCUCCCGAGUCUCUGCAGCUGUUCGCCACCGCGUCAGCAGCUUCGUCCUUCUCCCCCUUCGCGUCCACGCCCCUGUCUCCCUCGUGCGCGACGUCGCUUCCCCCCUCUUUUGUGUUCCCUUCGCCCUAUUCGCACGCGCCCUCGCCGAUGUCGGCCUCUGCCGCGGAGGCGUCGGGGUCUCCGCGCUUCCAGCGCGCGGCGGGCGACGGCGGAAAGGCCGCAGAGGCGAUGCCGCAAGAAACAGCCGCGUGCGCAGGGCGCCGGAUCGCGUUCACCGAAGAGGAGGCCGCUGGUGGCGCGGCUCCGCGGAGAGAGAAGCGAGACCUGUGGAAGCUCAGCGAGGCGUUUUCGACUGGGGCGGCGGCGGCGGCCUACGGCGACGCAGAAAAGGGCGAGAGAGGCUCGGCGGGCGGAGAAGAGAACGAGAAGAAUCGACUGUGGCAGUUCAAACGCGAGGGGCUGGAGGGCGGCGAGGCGCGCCUCCGCGGCGCGACGGAGAGCGUCCGAGACGCGGAGGCCUUGCGCACUCUGCAGAGGGGUCGCGGACAAGCCGCAGGGCAGGCGGACAUAAAGCCGCACAGACGGCCGCCCUGCGAGGUCGCAGGCGACAAAACACGAGGAGAGCCUCCGCAGUCAACGAAGGGCGAGACGGCAGAGUUCCCCGAGCAGAGAACGCUGACGGCAGCGGCGCGAGCCACAGGGCGAGGCGUCAGCAACUGCGGAGAAGACGAGAAUAAGGCGGUGACGAGCGAGCGCAUGGACUGGGAAGCAGGCGAGGACACUGAAGGUGCUGCGGAGACUCGAGAGACGCCUCCACCGCGCGUCGCUGGGCGGCUGUGGGGCGUUCAAUCCGCCGCCAUGUCGCCUGAUCUCUCUUCGCUGGCGCUCGUCCUGUGGACGACGCCUCUGCUCGCGUCUCCGCAGCGGCCCUCCCCCCCCGACCUCGGCCAGGAGGCGCAGGGACCUGCGUCCCCCCGCGCGGAGUCGGCGCCACAGGAGGGGAAUCGGGGCGCCGCGCGCCCCGAUCUGCGGACCGGAGUUCGGCCUUUCUCUGCGCCGCCAGGCUGCGCCUUCGCGUCUUCGGUGCCGACCGCCUCGUCGCCUUCGGCUGCAGCAGCCGCGUCGGGCUCCACGCGCUGCUCUGGCGCGGCAUUGUUCUUCCGGGCCUCGGCGGCACCUGGGACCCUGUGCCCGCCGUCGUCCGUCGCGCGAGCCCAGGAGCGGCGCGAGCGCGAGCUGCUGGUGGAAGCGCUGCAGCCUCAGUCCACCUUGCCCUCGGCGUUUCCGCCGCUCUCCAUCCGCGCGCCGCUCGCGCUCUCCCCCUCGCCCUCGACCGGCGCCGUCUCCGCGGCCGCGCCGCUGUCUGCCUCGCCCUUCCGUCGGGCUUCAGCCGCGCCCGUGCCCCCUUCGUCCCCUUCUGAGCUCGCGCGAAGCUCGCGAGUUAAGCGAAGCCCGCGAGUUGCGAGGAGGGGCGAGUCGGGCGCCGCGGCCGUCGCCUGCGUCUCUGUGGAUUGCGCCGGGCGCACUGAGGCAACGGAGCCUGCACAUGACUGCGGAGGCGGACGCGCGUGCGAGAAUGCUUUCUCAAACAGCAACGUGGCGCGGGGCCGAGGCCCGGAAGGGCGCUUGGAGCCCUCGCCGCGGUCAAAGCGCCCGAUGGCGCUCGCCUUCGAGGGAGACGAGCGAGGGAGCGAGCGCUCGCCCGACGCCGAGGGUCCCCGCGGCUGCGCAGCCGCGGCCGGUCGCGGCAGUUCACCUUUGCCGCAGCACCGGCGCGUUAAGAAGCCGCGCAGCGACGUGGGCGACGGGCGAGGAGACGCGUGCGCUGCGUUCGCUUCGUUCGGCGCGUUCGCUGCUGCCGCCGCGUGCGAACUUCCCAGCGAUAGCGAAGCAGCCGGCGAGAGGCGCGCAUCCCCCGCCCUCGCCAUGGAAGCCGCACGGGCGCCGCGCAACGCGAGACGCAGCGGGACGGGACUGAGAGAGGCGACUGCAACACGACGCUGUCCGGCGGUCGGGGCAGGUGGGAGGGGAGAAAGAGAAAAAGCAGGGGAGCAAGAGGUGCGGGCAGACGGCCGAGGAGGCAGGGGAUGGAGCCGCGAUCACGCGACAAGCGAAGAGGAAGCCGCACAGGCGCCGGGGUUCUUCGUGGAGAUGAGAGUCGUCAGCGCGCUCGCAGGCCAGCCGCGGCUAGUGAAAGGCACAAGCGAGCAGGGCGAAGGCGAUCCCGGAGCGACGGGCGAGGCAAAGGAAGGAGGCGCAAGUUGGGAUGAAGCGAAGGCCGGCCGAAGCUCCGCGGCGUGCUGGACUGCGGAGGUCCACGACCGCGGGCUCGCGGCAGUUUUCGAUUUUUCGCAGCUCGCCUUCCACAGCCGAUGCAGAACGCAAAGCCUCCAUCUUCUCGCCGCUGCACAGGCCGACCUGCUUUUCGCAGUCGACGUUCUGCGGCGCGUCUGUUCGCUCUGGGCGGUCUUCUCCGCGCCCUUCGCCGACCUCCUCGAGUGUAUGUACACCGCAGCCGACGCGCCGGCGGCCUCCGCUGAGCCUCCAGCGGGCGAGCAGAGGCCUGCGAAGGGACAUGGAAACUCUUCGCCGAGCGCCUUCGAAAGGGAACGCGAAGGCGUUUCCGAGGAUGAUGCGGAGGCGGAGAUGGAAGACGACACGGAGCCUGCGACGCUGUCGAGCCUGCGCAGUGAGGACGGAGCGAUUAUGCAUGCUGCUGGGAGAGCAAAGCGCAGCGAGGCGCGUCGCUGCGCGAGAGAUCGUCGGCUGAGACAACACGUUGCGUUCUCGCUGGCACUUGGCUACCCGACGAACGCGCUGGUGGCUGCGUUGACGCGUUUGUGCGGAGACGCGAAGUGGCGAGCGAGCAGCGACGAUGAGACCGCUGAGGCUCAGAGGCGCGAAGGCUGCAUGCCUGAAAGGAAUUGGACGCAGGACGAGACCGGAAAGAGACUGCGAAGCGAAGACGACUCGAGGAAAGACACUCUCACUGCAGCGCGACAAGCGAGCGAGGCGGGGGAGCAGCUUGCGCAGGUCACCGCUCUUGUGCAUCCCGUCCUCGAGGCUUUGCUGCUGCCUGUGAUACGCCGCGCGCGUCGUCUCGCCUGCGGCGCGCGUCGGUUCGCCCGUUUCUCAGGCCUCGACGGCCCCAGUCUGUCUGCGUCGUUUCGUUCUCAUCUUGCUCCCGCUCCUUCGUCUUCUCACUCGGCGCGAGACGCCUCCCGGCAGCCGCCAGAGUCGCGUCAGGCCCCAGCCUCUACGCCGUCGUCGCGCGGCUGGCGGCGGAAACCGAAGAGCGAACGAGGAGAGGACUGCCUCAGCACGCGCGCGCCGGCCUUCGCGCGGCUGCUCGCGCGCGUGGUAGCGCGCCUGGAGGACUUGGAAGUCAGGCUCGCAUCGCUUCGUCUCCGCCUUGCGGAAGGCGUCGCCUUGCAGCUCGCCUUUAGCCUGUGGGUCGCGGCGUUGCUGUCGCAUCUCGUCCUGCCUUCGUCGGCUUCAUCGGCGGCCGCUUCUUCUUCGCGGUCAGGCCGGCGCCGAGCAAGCGACAGCCCACACGCCCGAGGGCAGACGCAGCGUGGGACUGCUCAGCGAGCGCCUGAAGAGAACAACGAGGAGAUGCCGCGCGAAGCCUCGGCCGCCCCUUACGCCUUCUCCACAGAAAUCCCCUUCGCGGCUGCGAGCUUCUCUAAAUCGCAGUCCGAAGCGAAAGCGAAACACGGAAAAUCCUGCGAAGCAGACGCAGAGAGGAGAGGCUCCGGCAGCGGACGCGACGAUGCGGAAGUUGACCACUUGAGCGGCCCCCGCCUGCGUGGCCUGCUCGCCGCCGCCAAGGACUCGCCUUAUAUUUGGAGACAAGUGAGCUCCGCCGUGUCCUCUGGCGAAGGGCGCACGCCGGCCCCCGACGCAGAGAGGCUUUCCGCGGAGGCUCCGGUACACUGUUCCUCGAUUCAGUCGACGGAUUGGGAGCGAGACUUCGAGGAGGUCUUGCGCAUUCUGCGGAGGUCUCGCGCGCCGCUUCACCUUGGAAACAUUGGCUGCUUCCUUGGCGGUUUGCGAGAGCCGUCCGAACCUUCGCUUCUUUCGCUCGCGCGGGCCACGCUCAACGACAUGCGCCUCGCGUGGGACAACUGCAGGCAGGACGUCACGCUCUCGCAAGGCCAAAGCGCGCUGCGCGCGCCUUCUCGUUCUUCUUGUUCUUCGUCAUCGUUUUUUUCGUCUUCUCUUUUUUCAUCUCGGCCUUCCGUGUCGCUGGGCGCCUUGACGCUACUGCCUCGGGUGUCGCGGCGGACUCGCGUGUCGCUGCUGCAUGUGUCUUCGGCCUCGAGGCGCCGCGCGAGCGCCGCCGCGUCUAUCGCGAGAGUGCUCUGCAGAGGCUCCGGCGGCAGCAAAGCGUCCGCAGCGGCGGCACCGGAAGCCGCGUGCGCCGCUCGCAGCCUGGAAAGGUUUGCGAUCUGCUGGGCCUCUGACGAGCCGGCGCCUGGCGCACUUCAACUCACUUCCGAUGCGGGCGAGGUUCUGGGUGAGCCCGCGCCGUUCCCGCGUUCUUCCGCGGCUCUGCCGUCGCCCUCGCGACUGGCGCCUCGCGGACUCUGCUGGCUGCACCACUGCGUGAUCGCUUCUCGCGCGGCGCGCGUUGUCUCGCUGCCUGUUGGCGGAGACGCGCGCGCGAGUUGGCGUCCUCUCCCCGCGGCGUGUGCGCUUCUCGCGCGGCCACUGAAGACCGUCGCGGUGCGUCUCGCGCUGCCUGCGUGCGAGGCCGCGGCACGCGCCUCGAGCCGCCUCUCGUUCUCUCCCUCGCCUGCCUUUUCGUCGCUUACAGCUGCCUCCUGCGCGUCUGCGCGUCUCUCGGCGUCGCUCUUGAGGCCGACGGCUGCGGCGGAGGCGCGUAUGACUCUGAAAAGCGCCGCGUCGCUGUCUUCGUUCUGCUCGCCUCUGGCGCUACCUCUCGCUGCGGCGCCUCCGCUCUUCGCCUGCUCGCCGUCUCUGCGCUCUCCGUUCGCGCGAGGCUCGGAGUCGCUGUGGAGCGCCGCAGCGGUCGCCAAGACGCCGCUGCCGCCGCUGGAACGCUUCCGCACAUUCGAGCUGCAGGACGGCGACGCGGCGGCGGCUGAGCGGGCGCUGACCGCCGCGAUGCCUGCGCACCUUGCGGAUGCGUGCGACGUGUGUCUUCUCUCUGAAAAGGAAGUCUGCGUCGCCGUGGCAGUCUGGCGUGAGCCGGCGGUGAUUCUCCUUCGGCUUCUCGGGACGCAUUCCGAGUCUCGCACGCCGGGGGGCGGCGCGAGAGACGGCGGAGGGCGAACGCCUCGAGGCCGCGAAGCAGACGACGACUACGAAGACGCGCAGGAUGAGAGCGGCGACAGCUCAGGGCUGCGCGGCGCGGAGGCGUCUUUCCGCCUUCUCAGGGGAUUCCGCAGCGGCCUGGAGGAGAAGGGAUGCGAGGCGAAGCGCGCGAGCAGCGAGACGCAUCACCACACCGCGAAGCAUGCAGAGGACGAUGAUCUUCUGCUAGCCGCGAACGCCAUCACGGUGAGUGCCCGCCGAAAACAAAACGAGGAGGGUCUGAAAACGCCUACGGUUACGGGAGUGAGAGGCGCACGCAUGCCUUCAGGCUCGCAGGGCUCUGUCUUUCUUCAGACGCCGGUGCUUUUUGCCGCUGUCGCGUCCUUCGCGCAAGGCUGCGCUAUCCUCCCUGCGUCGCGGGCGCUUCUGCUUCCUCCUGCUGAGGGAGCCGUGAGGCCACGUGAGGCGCAGAAAAUGGAGAGCGAGCAGAAGGUCUUCGACGCCUCUGAGCGGCGCGGAGCGACCGCAGGCAAACAGAGGCCUCCUGCCGUCGAGGGCGGCUGA